AUGAAUUUGACUGUUCAUUACAUAGAAGACUACUGCUUUGAUGAUAUCUUAUGUUAUAAGGUACCUCGGACAUCCUCUUCUAGGUUUGCUAUGUAUUCUCUCUUUUUAAUUAUUGUUUUAAUGACAGUAGUAGGAAAUCUGUUUGUAGUCAUCUCCAUCUCACACUUUAAACAGCUUCAUUCACCAAAUAAUCUUCUUGUUCUUUCUUUGGCUGUUGCAGAUCUUUUGCUUGGUGUGUUUGUUUUACCUUUUAGCAUUAUGACAACUAUUGAAACCUGCUGGUAUUUGGGGACUGUGUUCUGUAAGGUACAUACAACCAUAGAUGUGAUGCUCUGUACAGUUUCAAUUUUUCAUUUAGGAUUUAUAGCGAUUGAUCGUUAUUAUGCAGUUUGUGAUCCACUGUCCUACCCAAAUAAAAUCACCAUUAAGACAGCAGUGAUUUUUAUAUGUGUUGCUUGGAUAACUGCAUUUAUUUACAGUUUUGGACUAAUAUACAAUAAUGCUGCUAGCAAAGGUUAUGAAGAUCUACUUGCUCAAUUAUCGUGCAAUGGUAGUAAGUGUAUGUUUAUUUAUAAUGAAUUAUGGUCCUUGGUAAAUGCUUGCACAUUUAUAGUACCCUGUUUUGCAAUGAUUGUUACAUAUAGACAAAUUUUCAAAGUGGCACAUAGACAAGCCAAAAUAAUAAGUAGUAUGGAAAAUAAAGCAAACUCUUUUGAAACAAGAAAAAAUAGACUUGUACAUAGCAGGGAAUGGAAAGCUGCAAAAACAUUAGCAUUAGUAAUGGGGGUGUUUGUUCUCUGCUGGUUACCUUACUUCAUUGUACGUUUAAUCAAUGUGUUUAUUAAUUUCUCCACAUCUGACAUAUUUGUUGAGUUUGUUAUUUGGCUUGGUUAUAUGAACUCUACUUUUAAUCCACUUAUAUAUGCCUUUUUUUACCCUUGGUUUCGCAAAGCACUAAAACUUAUAAUUUCAUGUAAAAUACUUGAGUCAAGCUCUUCAACAAUAAUGCUGUACACUGAAUAG